UAACGCGAGCACGUGGUACAUGCAAACAUCCGGUUUACAGAAAAUGGAAAUAAGAUUGCAACAAUGUUUUGACACACGGGUUUGACGCACGGAUUCUUGCUCAACUAUGGAGGCGGGCAGCCUGGUCUCAUGCCGAGAGGACAUUUCUUCGCUGUUUCCUGAGCAAACGCCGGGUGCAAAAUAUAAAGAUUUAAGCAGCCAGUUUCCUACCGUCAGACAAGUGCGCGGAGAUGGAAACUGCUUCUACAGAGCCCUCUGCUUCGCACACUUGGAGUCAGUCCUACACAAUGCCAGGGCUUUGCAAAGAUUUAAGGAGAAAAUUGUUCAAACCUCCGAAGACUUCUUAUCGGCAGGCUUUGAUGAGAGUUCCUUCAAGCACCAUUUGAACACAGUCGUUAAUGUUGUGGAGCAGUGCCAGGCUGAUGAGCAGGAAGAGACGCUGCUCAGGCUCUUCAAUGAGCAUAUGACGUCCGACAGUGUGGUGCAAUAUCUCAGGCUGCUCACUUCAGCUCACCUGCAAAACCAGGCAGAGUUUUUCUGCAACUUUGUGGAAGCGCCCAAUCUACUAGUCUACUGUCAUCAGGAAGUGGAGGCCAUGGCGAUGGAGUGCGAUCAUGUGGACAUCUUAGCUCUGUCGCAGGCUCUGGAUAUUUGCAUCCACAUCGUCUCCAUGGAGGGCGAUGAACAGCAGUUGGCUCACCACGUCAUUCCAGAGGGUGCACAGCCCUCCCUGCACCUCCUCUACCAAACGUCACAUUAUAACAUUCUCUACCCACGACCCCAACACUGACCAGAGAUCCACGAGGACUCAGCUCAACUCAGGAAUAUUGACUUUGGUUGAAUAAAAUCCCAACUGGGUUUUAAGACACUUAUGAAAACAGAUUUUUAUAAAGUCUUGCAGUGUACAGCAAUUCAUCGACAUUUCAAAAUACAAUUUGUUUUGCACAUUGUGCAUUAAGUAUUUAAAGUUACAAUUUCGAAGAUCUCCAUGUUCUUUUUGGCAGCGUCUAUGGUGAUGAGCGCUAACUGCAGGUGUGUUUUUGGAUCUCACUUCCCAUGGAUCAUGAUUAUUCCCAGGAAUGUCAUCAGACAAUGCAAAUGCACAGGCGUUCAUCAGUGGGCCAAAGACUCCAUCUCCAUUGUGUUUCCUCAUUAUGACUUAACAUUUAUUUAAAUGAAAAUCUUGGGGAUUAUUACUUUAAAUGAAUUGAAAUUAAUUUAUGUAAAACAUUACAUAAAAAUCAACAAUUACAUAAAUCCUCUCCAAAUACACAUUCCAUUAACAUGUCACUGCUGCUGCUGUUCUUUUCUCCGCUGUGGUGGAACACCUUUCUUUAACUUCUGUUUUUCCUCCUGCAUUGAAACCCUAGUAAUGGCACUUUCCCUCCCUGCUAGAGGCAUGUUAGACAGGGAGAGCCUUCCCAUUUGAGUGGGGUACUUGGUCAUAAUCCCCCUCUUGAAUACCGGCUGGGAGAUCAGAUGCUUCAAAUGCUUCUUCAUCCCCUUUACCACCUUCUGCUGCUCUCUAUCACCAUCCUCAUCCCUUGCUCCGCCUGUAGACAUAGAUGGCAUAUUCAGUUGUCUGUAUUUGAACAUUUUUAAAUAAAGGGAACCUGUUACAAGAGA